ACGUUUGAACUUAAGCCGUUUGGCUUUGCUCCGUGGUUAACCAUUGGGCUGUUGUCGGCUUUUAAAGACAUUUAGCGGCCUGUCAGUGCUUCUGCGGUCGCCGCGCUGGUGGAUGUUGGUUUACUGACUCGGCUGUGACGGUAAACCCAAAGUAACAGUUGUCCAGAGAGGGCUGCCCCCAGCGGAGCGUCAAGCUAACAGGCUAACUCGCGGCUAACGAAGGUUGGUAACUCCGCUCGCACAGUCUCGAUCCGAAGCCCCGAGAGGAGAACCUGCGACCACCGAGCCCCCCCCCCCGGUGCGUCUCCUUGAGCCCUGCCCGCUGCCCCAUGUCCUCCCCGCGGAUGGGAUAGAGUCCGCCGGUGAAGCGAGGAGGCAGCCAGCCAGCACUUAAACAUGGAGGAUGAGGAGAUUGCAGAGAGCUGGGAAGAGGCGGCGGACAGCGGGGAAAUUGAGAGAAGGCUUGAGGCAAAGCUAAAAAUAAACCAGGAGGCAAAAAAGUCUGGGUUGAAAUCAAGUGGCUCACCUGUGCGAACUGCUAUUGUGAUCCAGGACGACUCUCUACCUGCAGCACCCCCACCACAAAUUCGAAUUUUAAAGCGUCCUACGAAUAACGGUACUGCUGGAAGCGCUGCGUCUGCAUCCCGUCCCUCACAGCAGAUGAAGUCUUUGGCUCAGCGGGAGGCCGAGUACGCUGAGGCCCGGAAAAGGAUUUUGGGUAGUGCUUCUUCAGAGGAAGCGCCUCCGGAAAAUCCAUCCCAGGACAGGGCAGCACGCAUAACUUCACAGCCACCUUCAGAGCAAGUUCGACCAAACAAUCACGUGAUCCGUCAGCCGUCUGGUCCAGAUGGAACCUCAGGCUUCAGACUCUGCAGAUAAACAGGAGCCGCCUGUUGCACGGAAACAUCUGCCUCUCUGAGGAG